UAGUAAAUUGAAAUUAUAUUCGAAUAAUAGAUAACAGUAAUAGAAUGAGAUAUGAUUAUUUUUUUAAAAAACAAUUCAUAAGAAAAAUUUUAAAAAUAAUUUACAGUACAUCAAAUUAACUUAAAAAAUUAAAUUGGAAUCAAAUCGGACAAUGCUAUGAUGAUUUACUGUUCUACUUUCUUAACCCUGGUUAUGUCCAAAACUUAAAAAGGAUCAUUUGGGUCAUCUUGUAUAACCUAAAUAUUAAUUUUAAAAUAAAUUUGAAUAAUAGAUAACCGUAAUUGAGUGAGAUAUGACUAUUUUUUUGAAACACAAUACAUCAAAAUAUUUUAAAAAUUUAUUUAUUGUUAAACAAAUUAUAUCUAAAAAUUAAAAUGAAAUCAUACCGGAACAAUAGCUAUAGGUAAUAGUAAUCGAUUUUCUUUAUCCUGGUUAUGUCCAAAACAUAAAAAGGAUCAUUUCAGUCAUGUUGUAUAACCUAAAUAAUAAUUUUAAAUUAUAGUCGGUCUCGUCUCGUAAAUAAUUGUCAUGUAGUAUCUACGCGAAGCACCGAUAUCCACCACUAAAUUCAAAGCAAACAAAAAAACUCCCCCUCUUCCCGCAUGCCAUAUGCAUCUCUACCUAUCGAUCAGUUCCUCAGUCUAUUUCUUAGUGCCGGUGUACCCACGUCGCCGUUUUACGCGCUUAAAUCAAAUUCGGUGGUGUGCGUAUUAAAUUGGUUUUUUCAACUCCCAUAAUGUCGUCUCCAUUACGGAAGCGUUCCCGUGUGUCUUCUUCGGAUCGGGGUAUGCUUUCUGAGAUUCUAAAAUCGGUGAAAUCUUUGGAUGAAAGAUUAAAAAGUGUCGAAAAUGAAAGACGUUCAAGUUGUCGCAACCGUCGUUCCAUGUCAAGGCGGCGUGAUCGAUCCCGGAGACGGCGCUUGAGUUCCAGUUCACGUGACAGCGGUAGUGGCCGGAGCGGUCGUUUUUCGAGAUCGAGGAAAAGAAAGACGCAUCGCGUCCGCCGACCUAUUUUGCCUUCCUCUUCAGAUUGGUCCCAAUCGCAAGGUAGUUGUGAAAGAGAAAGGGAGGAGGGGAGAGGGGCGGCACAACCCUCAAGUGCAGGGCAGGGAGAGAACGUUAUUGGUGAUGUAGACCUUGUAUCGACGCGCGAUUUGCAGCCUAUUGCUGUAGAUAUAGAACAGGACAGUGACGUCCAGGUGUCUAUUAACAGAGAGUUUCAAGCCUUGCUAGGAGAUGAAGAUGUUUCUCCAACGCUGUUCGCGCCCUCGUUGCAUGGUGAUAUUGCUAGUCGCUGGGAUGUGAUCCUGCGAAAAGGGAUGGAUUUGGAAAAUCGCAAAACGUUAAUAGCAAAAUAUGCUCCGCCGCAAAAUUGCCAAAAUAUUCUUCCUCCCAAUCUUAACCCACAUGUUAAAGCAGCUUUAUCUGAAUCAAAUGUUAGGAGAGACGAUCGCCUUGUCAAUCUACAAAAGCAGGUGGGGGCGGGUAUUGCUGCUGUUGGCAAAGUUCUUUCAAUCCUUUACGAGAGAGGUAAGGAGGCGGAUAAGGAGAAUAUCCUAGCCCUUGGCGAUGCAGGACGUCUCCUAGCUGAUGUCCAUUUUCAAGAAACCAUGUCCCGUCGAGAUUUGGUUUUAUUAAAUAUUAACAAAGAUUUAAAAGAUACUCUUUCCAACUCCCCGCCAGACGAGUGGCUUUUUGGGGGUAACCUAGAGGAGGUCAUUAAGGCAAAAAAGGCAAUUGAUGUUUCGAGUCAACAGCUAAAAUCGAAGAAAGUGGUUAGGAAACCUCUUCAACCUUUGAGGACCCAGCAUUUAAACUCUGUCCGUCCACUCAGAUCGUCGAUCAGGGGAUCAUAUCGGAGUGGACAGCAGCCUCGACAAGCUCCCCGUCAAAAAGUCCAAUCCCAGUUCAGGAGGAAACCAGAUCAGUGGCAGAGCAGGGACAGGCGCCUGUAGAGAAUUCCCCACCCAUUAUCCAAAGUCCUUUCCCUGGUGGUCGGGAGGUUGUCGUGGAAGCGCUCAGGAUGAGGAAGGUUCCAGCCCAGUCCAUGGAUAUUUGUGUUUCUUCUGUUACGGGGGCGACAUUAAAACAAUAUUCGUC